GAAGAUGGAUUGCAAUGGUUAAUGGAAUGCAAUAAUCUCAGAACAUACAAGCUCUCAAGGCCAGAAGUGAUGUACCUGUCAAACUAACAACUUUAAAAUGGCAGCUCUUUGCUACAAGUACACAGAUAUAGCAAUUACUACACUCAGAAUAUAAAAACAGUUUGCAGAUUCUAGAACACGAAACAUAUUAUGAUGUGAUUAAGUCGUUAUUCAGCAGAUGAUGCUACACAACAGCCAAUCAGUGGCCAGGAAAUAGAGGAAAAUAUCAUAAAGCGAAACAUGUCACUUAACGAGUUAAGUAGGCCAAAGUUGGAGCCUAACGUUAGUAGGAGUAAAUCAUUUAAUGGAAUAGCAGCAUUGAAUAAAAGUCCCCCUGUCACGCCAACAGGUACAAUGGUCCUCGGAAGGAGUGUAAAAAGUCCUCGUUCUGGAUAUAAAUCACCACAUGGAUCUAUUGGAUUUAGUUUUAAGAAAUCGGGGAAAGUUCCGAAGGUGCCUCGACCACAUAGGACUAUGACAAUGUUUGAACAUGUGAAAAAUGGACUCAGGGAUACUAUAUCAACUACAGAAGAAGAUAUCGAGAGCUUCCGUUUGAGUGAACAGAAUUCUCUCUCGUCUUCUCAGCAAAUUAAAGCAGCUGAGAGAUACAAGAAAAGAUUGGAGUUUCACUAUGCUAAGAUUGAGGAGUUAGAAGAUAGUUAUAUUUUACAAGACCAGUUACGAGAGGGUGUGCGGAACAUGGCACGAGCUUAUGUAUCACAACCAAUGACACACCAGAAAGAGUCAUUAUCGAGCGUGAAACUUGGUUUCAAGGAAUGCUCUCAGACUAUGUGUGCGAUAGAAGCCCAACUAGAAAAUAUGAUGGGCACUUUACAUUGUAAAAUGAAAGGAAUGGUUGGAUUUGCUCGUUUAUGUCCUGGAGACGUAUUCGAGGUCAACCUGAAAUACGGCUCUCAAAAAUGGAAAACACGGGGUAAAAUAGGACGCAGUACUAAUCAACAUUGGGACAAUGAUUCCAUGGUGUUCAAGGCACUAGUUGCUGAUGUAAUGUGUAUAAAGGCAUCAGAAGUGAAAAGUCUCGGGAAACACAUGUUGUUAGGACAAAAAAACUGUGAAACUAAAGACUUAUUCUCAUCUCAUCCUCAACUUAUGACUAUCAGUAUCAAUACUAACGGGUCCCUUAAGCUCAGUGUAGUAAUAACAUGGAAUCCUUUAGAGGGAGUUGAUGAAAACAUGUCAUAUUAUGAUCCACCACCUAAACACCAUGCGACACCAAAGAAACCACUUCCAAAUGCUGAUGAGGCAGUUUAUAGAAUAAAACAUGGGGCCGACCAACUUGACAGCUAUUACUACGAUGGUUCAGGUACAAGUACGGAUGAUUCCCCAAAGAGACGACAACGUCCAAAGACAGAAAUAAUUGAACACACGAUAUAUGAAAAUGAAGACUAUACACGACCGCAAAGACCAAAAAGUGAAAUGUUAGAUCACUUAGGCCACUCAAAUGGAUCAUUACAACACGAUAACAGAUCAUUUCAACGUGAUAAUCAAACAAACGGUGCCACCAGUGGCGGAAUAUCCCAUAAUACCCGAUUAUUAGAUGCAUCGGUGGCAUCAGUUGCAAACUUGCCAAAGCCACAGUUAUUUGAUAUGAGAUUGUUAACAGACUCUUUGGAGAAUACCACAGAUGCUGGCAAUAAGAGUAAUAGUCUUGAAGAUGCCUUAUAUAGUCUCAUAACUGUAUUAGAGGAUUAUCAAGGACAAUACACUGAACUGCAAAACCUUGAGGAACAAGUUGCAAAACUAGAUAAACUUUUAAAGAAGCGAAUGGGUGCGGGAAGUGGGAGAUCAUCCAAUGUUAGUAUUUCAAUAGAGAGUGCCCUGGAAGCUUUUGACUUCUUGGAGUCUGAGGAUGUCACCGAUGACAUGGAACCUUCAUCUUACAACUACAGCAGGAAGGCGAGUCUCGAGACUCGGCUCCAGAGUCCUGAUUCCACCCAGAGGACGGCAGACUCGGGUAUAGAAUCCCUGGGUAAUCGACUGUCAGAGGAUGGCCAUCUCUCCAGCGGGGGAUGCAGCCCAGAGCCCCCCUCUACUGGAAAUGAUGAGGUUGAUGUUGCUCUUAUACAACACUUGGCGUACUGUGAACGACUGCUGGAGAACCUGGGUAACUUUGGUCCACUAAAAUGUAAAGAGAUCUACUCAUUAGAUAAACUCCAGAGACAGAGCGAUAUCAUAGAAAGUCUCAUAGAAAUUGCCCAAAGGGGUGCACAUAUCACCAAUCUAGAGGAAGUGAUGCAUGAACUGACCCAUAGUAUGGAAGAGAAGAAAUUCUGGGUAAGCUGUGUUGACAACUAUGUCCUCUACACAAUGCCUGACCGAUUCCUACUCCAGUUAGAGAAAAGCUUUGGUGACAAAAUACGGGAAAAAUAUGAUACUGCUUCAAAUAAAGUGUUACGCUGCCUUGUUGCUCGUAUCUUAGAUAUCCCAAUGUACGACCCAGACCAUCCCCCUCCAAACACUGUCAUCACGCUACACCAGUUCAUGGAUUUCUUCAACGAGACAGAACACAGCGACCUUGGAUCUUUUGCAGAUAAUUUAGCCAAUGAUGACACAGAAAAUAUGAGCCUUUUUGUUGAUGAUCUGGCAACAGAAUUGUGGAUGUCAAACAGAUUGAGGUCGGGAACUGCUGAUGUAGUGAUCAAAACAGUUUUGAUGUUCCGAGACACUAUCCCACCUGCCUCCUGCCUGAGAGUCCUUUCUCUCCUCCUUAUAACAGAGAACUCAGAUAUACGCAAGGCAGUCACACACUAUCUAAAGGGUCUAGUCAACAAUGAAGACCACAGAGAUAAGGCUAUGGUUGUCUAUGUGGAAGCCUUAGAAGACCGUAAUGCUGAUGUACGUUGUGCAGCAUGUAUGGCAUUGUCCCUGCUGCAGGCCACUGAGAGUAUAGAUCAGCUAGUCUACAUAUGCCAGACUGAUAGCUCCCUUAUGGUGAAAUCCAAGGCAAAGGAAACACUGUAUUCAUAUGGUGCCCAAGGGAGAAAGGCGUAUGAUGAGUCUCAACUAUCAACACAUGGCUUCCAAGGGGUCCGAUUACACCAAGCUGAUACAAAGUUGUAAUCUUCCAAAUGGUCUGUUUCCAUUAAAGAUUUACAAAGUUACAAACCGUCUAAAUGGUUUGACGACAAUUCUUUAUGAAAAUUGUCUUCUUCUAAAGGAUGUACACUCAAUAGAAAAGUAUAACCAUUUCAGUAGCUUGAAAUGUACCUCAUUUGAUGAAUGAAUGAAGAAAGGACAUGAAUGGAUUAUUCAGUAUAUGAAUAAGAUAUUAAAAUUCAUUGCUGGAAUAAGUUUGGCAGUUGAAAUACAAAGUGGAUAUAAUAUGAAAAUUUGGAUGGAAAUACUGUGAUUUUUCAUUUAGAAAACUCCAUUUACUUGAAGCUGCUAUAUGGAUGUAUGUGUUAUAAGUUCUGUGAUACGUUCACAGAGUGAUGCUAUUUCAACACAAAAGCAGCCAAACAAAAAGGAAUAUAUGUCAUCUGAUUCAUUAAAAGAUGGCAUAGUAGGAAUUGAAUAAACACUCAUGUUGUCCACUCUGGAUCCAAAAACUGCGUAGACAUCUUAAAUUAACCCAUUCAAUAAUUAUUACCAGUAGAAAUGGUCAAAUGUCAAACCUGCUCAACUUAUUUUCACCCUCAACUUAUAUGCAACUUAUAAUUUG